AAGUUUAUGCUCGCUAGGCAACAAACUCCAUUACCGAAAAAAAAGAGAGCAGCGUUGUUUACAUCUUCAAACGACAAAAUGCCAUCGCCUACGCUUAUUGAGGAUCCAUUAGAAGUUAAGGAUGUACCAAAAUUAAUACAGCCGAGAAAUCACAGAGCCAAAGUUUGUGUUUGGGCUGAUCUAACUGUUGACGAUGUAGACAGGAUCAAUGAGUCGGGGAACGCCGCACAUAUAAAACAAGUGUUGGCAGAGAUAUUCAAUUUGACAGACUACAAAGAAAACCUCAAGUCUGGAAUCGUCCUUGACCUGUUCUUCUACACAAUACAGUUUGCUAAAGAAAAUGGUUUUAGCAAAGAAAAGAUGUCCACUUUAUUUUCCAUUGUGAAAAAGACACACGAGGUCUGCAUAGAAACUCCAUUCGGAAAUGUAGACCAGACAUUUGACUAUUUCAAAGAACUAGUGUUGUGUCAUUCUGUCAAUAGACCCCCCUACAGUAUUGAGCUGUUCACAGCCGAUGAGAUCCGUUUGAUAACAGAGUAUGUCGUCAACACAUAUUUCCGUCACUUCAAGAUGUACAAAUACGCUUUCACACCACUGGUACGCCUUGAUUUGUCCUUGACGUAUGUUGGAGUUCCUCCAUCACCACCACAGUCUGAGGGACAGGAUCGUCACAAACAUGUAACAUUUGCUGGUACAGCCGGGCCUAAUGUGGGUGAGCCAGAAGUUCCGACUGAGGAGUCGACAGAGGACCUGAUACCAGAGGAUGCAGAGAGGGGUACUGGAGAGGGAGAACAAGGGGAGAAAACUCCUGAGCCAGAAGAGUCGGAUGCAAGGAAGGAGCUUCGCUCAAUGAUUCAGACAUUCCUAUCAGAAGAAGUGAAGAAGAUGAAGGUAUCAGUAGAGGAACAAAUAAAAACGACAGAAGAAACUCUCAACAAAAAGUUGGACGUAGCAGAGGGGGGUUCUAAAGGAGGGAAAGGAGGCAGAGGCUCGGCCAAGGGCAAAAAGAAAUGAUGUGAUAAUGACAUAACUGUAUAUAUGAUAUCUUUAUAAUUAUUCAUGUUAUAUGCUUGUUAAAAAAUGUUUGAAAUAGAAAUGGACUUCUUAUGUAUGAAUUUCAUACUAGAAACUAUCCAGUUCCUUUACAGUUAAACCAUCAUCUGUUGUAUUGGUAAUGAAAGAACCACAUAUGACAGGACUUCAAUACCUAUCUAUAGGAUUGACUGGUUUUACAUGUAAUAUUGUAUAUAGGAUUUACUGAUUUUACAUGUUAAUAUUGUAUAUAGGAUUUACUGAUUUUACAUGUUAAUAUUGUAUAUAAAGUCAUCUGUAAAUGUAUGUAUGGAAGAAAGUGUGUGGAAGAGAGACAAAGUGACUAAAAUAAAGAUAAUAAACUAUUGAUAUAUU